GUAUAAAACAAAAGGCUAGUUAGAUAAAACUACAUUUAUUUGAACUGCAGACAGUACAGUGAUAUCAAGAAUGAACGAAAUUGUAUUACGGAAUAUUUUGUUAUUACUCUCACUCUUUAAAGUUGUUAAGCUAAAUGAAGGUACUUUAAUUCAAGCGUGUCGCAAUGAGAUAUUAACCCUACAAUGUCCCCAGACGACCAAUAUAUCUAUCAUUAACAUGUGGUUAGGUCGAAGUAGGAGAAACAACCCUGAGGAACCCCGCUGUUUAGGGGACCAUAUAUUGUGUAAGAUGCCGCUUGAAGACGUCCACCCAGAGAAAUACAAGGCAAUUAUGAACCAGUGUGAAGGGAAGUCUAAAUGUUCCUUCGAUACUGGGGGUAGAGUUCAAAUAACAAGGUGUAACAACAGAGACAGCAGUGUAUUUAUAGUUGAAAAUGUAUGUUUGGAUGACAAAUCAAAUAACAAGAGUAAAAAUACAAUGGUUGAUAAACCGAAGACGAAUAUUGAAUCAGAAAUGGGCAUUAUAAUCGGUGUAACUGUAGCUGGAUGCCUAUGCGUUCUGUUAAUUGUUGGCCUUAUUAGUAAAUACGGUGUCACACUCUCAAGAGUAAGGAAACCAAGACAAAACUCGGAAUACAAGGCUGAAUGUAUCACCCAAGAUGGCACUCGACCUCCGCAAUUACCUGAAAGAACCAACUUACCCAUAAACACUGUGUCGGAAACCGUAUGUGAAAAUGACACAAUAAAGAAGAAAGAAUUGCUUGACGAAAACAACGUAAGGGAUGUAGACAGUGAUAAUAUAUAUGCUGAGAUAAUUUCAACUGAAGAGGAUGACAAUCUUAAUCUUUAUGGGAAGAAUAACUAUUAUUUGGCUUUAAUGGAAUAA